AUGAAAGAGGAAGUUCUGAAGGAAGUUUUGAAGCUGCUUUCGCUGGGAAUCAUCUACUCUAUACUAGACAGUGAAUGGUACAAUGGAUACAUCCAGAUCUAUGUAGAUCCCGAAGAUCAAGAGAAGACUACAUAUACUUGCCCUAUUGGCACCAAGUUUGGAUACAGUGUUGAGGAGAUGUCGGGAGAAGAAUUUAGUCCUCAGUUUUUAAAAAUGUCACUUCAUGGUUACGUUUCGAAAUGGAUAGAAGCAAAGGCUACCACUUCAUGUGAAGCUAAAGAGGUGGCCAAGUUCCUUAGGGCCAACAUCUUCAACAAAUACGGAGUACCGCGAGCAAUCAUUUCUGACCAAGGGACGCACUUCCGUAACAGGACAAUAGAAGCUCUGAUGAGGAGAUAUGGGGUCCACCAUAGGCUUUCUACCCCGUAUCAUCCUCAGUCUAAUGGACAGGCUGAGAUCUCCAAUAGGGAUAUAAGGCGAUAUUGGAGAAGACGGUGA